AUGGAUGAUUCGAGAGUGGCGAAGUGCACCUAUGGUAUUGGAACUUUAAUGCUUAUUUUUACUUCAAUUACUACUUUUGAUUGGGUGUCCAACAAGUUGUGUAGUAGGUUUAAGCUUAAGUUAGGUUAUUUUGAGUUGAGGUACUCUUUUACGGAUUGCUACAAUUGUUUAUUGGAAUCGGAUGAUCAUUUGAAAAUCAUGUUUAUGGUAUGUAGACUGAUGAAGGAUCAAUUAAUUCACAUUGCUGUUAGGGAUAGGGCUGUAGUGAAUCAUGUUCAAACUGUUAAUACGAACAUAAAUGCUUCUCCUUUUUUAUUGGAGGCUGUUCCUAACAAUGACAGUUUUGCACAACAUGAGGAUACAUGUAAAGAUUCAAGUCAAACUGGUAGUAUUGUUGAUUCAAGUGCAGCUUCUUCUUCUUGUUUGAGUAUGGAUUUUGAUGGUAUUAGUAGUGAGUUUGGAAAUGAAUAUUUAGGCAAAUAUGGUAGUUGUGGAGGUCGUAAGUAUUUGUCUACUGAUUGGGAGGGUUAUAUUAGUCAUGAGGGUCAGAAGUUUAAGGGUGGAGUUUGUGAAUUCCGUGAUAAGUUGGCUAAGUACUCGAUUGAGAAUGGUUUUAAGAUGAAGUAUUUGAAAAAUGAGCCUCGUUGUGUUACUGUCGUGUGUGCUAAGAAGGAAUCAAAUGGCUGUGAGUGGCAUGUGCAUGCUGUUAAGUCCAAUGUAAAUGGAAUUUUUUAUAUUAAGAAUUUAAAUAACACACACAGUUGCAAUGGUUUGAUUCGUGAGAAGAGAAAUAAGGCAAUGGGGUCUUGUUUGGUGUCUUCAAUUGUCAAAGAUAAAGUUCGUAGCAAUCCUCUGGUAAGGGCUAUUGAGUUGAUUAUUGAUUUGAAGGAAAAUUAUGGAUUGGAUAUCCCUUAUCAUGUUGCGUGGUAUGGGAAGGAGUCGACUACCAAGGAUUUACAUGGUGAUGAGGAGUUGUCUUAUGCUCACCUGCCUUGGUAUGUGGAUGUUUUGAAGGCCAGCAAUGUCGGAUCUCAUUGUGUGCUUGACUGUGGCGAGGAUGGUUCUCGUUUCCAGCGGAUCUUUAUAUGUUUUAAGGCCUCCAUUGUUGGUUUUCGAUGGUGUAGGCCUAUGCUGUUCAUUGAUGGUACUUUCGCCACAAACAAGUACAAAGGUACUUUUCUAAGUGCUACUGCAAAGAAUGGAAAUAAAGAAGUAUUCGCUUUUGCCUUUGCGAUUGUAUCCGGUGAAACUGUAGACAAUUGGAGGUCAUUUCUGCAAAGGAUAUUUGAAGUCUUGGUGGAUGAAGGUAGGCUACUUACAUUCAUUUCUGAUAGGCAUGGUGCUAUUAUCGAUGCUGUUAGGACUGUUUUUCCUGCUUCUGCCCAUGGUUUUUGUCUAUAUCAUUUGAAAGAGAACUUGGAAAAGAAGUAUCUGCAUUCUGUUGGUUCCUCUUUCAAGGAUCAUAUUUUGUGGCUUUUUUCUAAGUUGUUAUAUGCACCGACUGUUGAGGAAUAUCAAGAUACGUUGAAAAAAUUAAGAGAUGAUGGCGGUUCAACAAUAAUUGAUAAGAUUUUGGUUGAUCUCCCUAUCCAAAAUUUUGCUAAUGCAUUUUUUCCGGGAAAGAGGUAUGGGGAGGUUAGUAAUGCCUUGUCCGAGUCGUUUAAUUCAUGGGUUAAGGAUGUUAUUGAGGAUGAGUUGGAGAAUUUAGCUGCAAAGGGUCGUCAUUUGAGGAUAUGUCACGCGAGUGAAUCUAUAUUUAAAGUUCAUGUUGAUUUUAGUGUUAUGGUCAAUUUGGACGAGAGGUUUUGCUCCUGUUAUCAGUGGCAAUUGCUUGGGUUUCCGUGUCAGCAUGCUAUUCAAGUUAUCCAACAUGCCGGGUUAUGUUUGUACAACUUUGUUGAUGAGUAUUACAAGGCAGACUUUUAUAGGGCUACUUAUGCAACCCUUAUAUUUCCCAUACCUGAUAUUGAGAAGCCUCCUCCUGGAGAUGUUUUUAUUCUACCUCCUCAUAUAAGAAAGCCUCCGAGACAAGCUCCGACAAAACGCUUCAAGUCAAGCAGUGAAACUAAAAGGCAGGUGAAAUGCAAGAGAUGCAGAUCUUGUGAUCUUCAUAAUAGGACUUGCAAGGCUCCUAUUUGA